AUGGGUUUGUGUCAGAAGCUUGAUGGUCUUUGUCAACCAAAAACCAAAAGAUGGAUUGGAAUUACUGUCGGAAUACUGGAACUAUUUUUUUUUGGAGGAUAUUACUACGGUUUCAAUUCCCUUAUACCAGCUUGGAAAUCAUUAGGGAUGUCUGCAUAUAAUUGUAGUAAUGCAACGAACACCUGUUUAUAUGAUGACUCUAUAUUUGGAAAUGGUUUUAUUGUUUGGAUUGUCACGCAAAAUUGUCUUAUUUCAUUCUCUGGUAUAUUCAUGGAUAAAGUUGGAUUAAGGGCUUUAAAGUUGGUAGCUAUAACCAUGUAUUUUGUUGGAACACUAUUAUUUGCCUUUAUACAUAGGGGAACAGAACCAUUGUAUUAUAUUGCCGGUAUAUUGGUCGCUAUAGGGAGUACUUCAAAUCUUAUAUGCAAUCAACAUAUCACUUCGAUGUUUCCAAAAUAUCGAGGGUUCGGAAUAUCUCUUCUCUCUGGUGCUUUCGACUCUAGCACACUAAUAGCAUUUAUACUUUCUGAAACAUAUUCACAGUUUUCAUUACAGAAAUCAUUCAUUAUACUAGCGAUUGUUUCUAUAUGUGUUGGUCUAUUCAUGGCUACAUUUAUUUUAACCACAAGAUCAGAUGACAUGAGAAAAUUUGCAAGCAACUUUAGCGAUGUUGUAACAAAUGAGAAUGAUGGUGAACAGGAGAAACUGUCUCAAGGAUGCGUCAGGGAUAAUAAUGAAAACACGCCAUCAUUGGAUAAAGAGGCAAAAAAUAUUGAAGUAUCUAGAAGAAUCAAAAUGAUAAUAGACCUCCGUUAUCAAUCAAUAAAAGAUUGUAUAAUAUCGCUACCAUUCUUGCUUAUUACAAUAUGGUUUAUGCUUGGAUUAUUUCGUUUUUCAACAUUUCUUGGACAAUUACAACGUAUCAUAAACGAAUUGUUUCCAAACGACAUAAUAACCAUUGAUCAUCUAUUGCAAAUUUCAUCAGCAUUUUCAAUGUGUGGAUUUUUAGCCGCUCCAAUUACUGGUUUCAUAAUGGAUAUAUCGCAAGCCUAUUGUAGGCGAAAAAUUAUGCAAAAUGACUACAGUAUAAAUGACCAGCAUCAUAAAAAUCAAAUUUAUUAUACAUAUAUAUUCGGUUUAGCGCCUGCACUACUUUUUAUGGCAUUUUGUGCUAUGCUCAUAAGCUGUUUAAUAUUUAUACCGAAUCGUGUGGCUUAUUAUUUUGCAUUUCUGUUUUUUGUUAUGCUACGUUCAUUGUUAUUUAGUGCGUCUGUAGGCUUUUGCUUGACUGCUUUUCCUGUGCAUUACUUCGGAACAGUAUGUGGUAUAUUAAAUUCAAUCGGUGGUAUAUUCAGUCUAUUACAAUAUGCAUUUCAGUAUACAAGUAGCGCAGAAAUAGCUAAUAUUAUCAUAACUAUUUGUUCUGUUGGCUUAUUUAUACCGCCUGUUAUUCUGUUUAAAAUGAAAAUUCGUGAAUAUUGGAGUGGGAAUUUUCCUACUACUGGUUUACUUUUCACUUAA